AUGCUGGCGGCGAUCGCUGUAGGGAUUCGGAUUGUGCUAUGUAAUGUUGGCGGCGAUCGCUGUAUGGGUGAGUUUUUCUUCUUUUUUUGUUCCUAUAGUUUUUUGGUGUACUACUUUCUCUUUCUAUGUUCUUUUGUAUGGCCCUUUUUUCAGUUCUUUGUAUUCCCUCUCAAUUUUUUCAGAUUCGGAUUGUGCUAUGUAAUGUUGGCGGCGAUCGCGGUGAGUUUUCCUUCUUUCUUUUGUUCCUAUAGUUUUUUGAUGUCCUAUUUUCUCUUUCAUGUUUGUUUGUAUGGCCCCUUUUUUAGUUCUUUUGUAUUCUCUUUAAUUUUUUUCAGAUUCAGGAUUCUGCAAGCUAAUGUUUGA